CUACGUCCAUUGUCUACAGAUGCAGGCAGAAAGGGACCCAGAAACCUUACGCCGUCAAAAUGUUGAAGAAGACAGUAGACAAGAAAAUUGUCCGCACAGAAAUUGGAGUUCUUCUUCGCCUUUCACAUCCGAACAUUAUAAAACUGAAGGAGAUAUUUGAGACCCCUACAGAAAUCAGUCUUGUUCUGGAAUUGGUCACGGGUGGAGAACUAUUUGACAGGAUUGUGGAAAAGGGUUACUACAGUGAACGAGAUGCGGCUGAUGCUGUUAAACAAAUCCUGGAAGCGGUUGCU